AUGAUAACGGAGCUUCAACAAAAACACAGGAACCCUUUAGUAUUCCUAGAUAUUUUAAUUGAUGGAGAGAAAGCCGGGAGAAUUGUUAUAGAAUUAAGAUAUGAUGUUGUGCCUAAAACUGCUGAGAACUUUCGUGCCUUAUGCACAGGAGAAAAGGGGAUUGGUGUUCAUGGAAAAGCACUACACUUCAAAGGAGUUAGAUUUCACAAAGCGAUCACACAAUUCAUGAUCCAGGGUGGUGAUAUCAUAAAUGGUAAUGGAACAGGUGGUGAGAGCAUCUACGGGCUGACCUUUGAAGAUGAAAACUUCAAGCUUAUUCAUGAAGCAGGCGUCCUUAGUAUGGCGAAUUCUGGUCCCAAUACGAAUGGAUCUCAAUUUUGCAUCACCAGCGUGCCUUGUCCACAACUAGAUGGUACUAAUGUUGUUUUUGGAAGGGUCUUGGCUGGCUUAGGAGUAGUUCAGGAAAUACAGAGUCUGUCUAGCGAUGAUACACCCUCAGUAGAGUGUUUGAUUGAUGACUGUGGUGAGAUAGUUGAUAUCGAUACAUGGGAUGUUUGCUGUCGAGAUGGAACUUUGGACACAUUGCCAGAACAUCCAGAGGAUAUGAGAACAAAUCUGACUAUGGAGGAGCUUGUCGAUAGUAUUCGUCGUGUGAAGGAGAGCGGUAAUGAUCUGUUUGGUGCGGGACGGUAUAAGGCCGCUGCGAGGAAAUACAGGAAAUGUAAUAGAUAUGUGACACAGGCACAAGAAAUUGGGGCCAAGGAUGGCGAGAAAUACCUGUCGGAGCUCCGUUCGUGCGGUCGUCAGAGCUGCCUCAACCUGGCCGCGUGUCAGUGUCGACUCAGAGACUACCGCGCCGCCCUCACCAGCUGCGACCAGGUGCUGCACAUGGACCCUAGGAACGAGAAGGCCCUCUACCGUCGCGGACAAGCGAACUACGCUCUGAAGAACUACGAGGCGGCUCUGAGCGACCUCAAGCUAGCGGACAAAGUGUCCCCGAGGAACAAGGCCGUGCGGAAACUACUGGAGGAAGUGCGAGCCUCAAACAAACACUACAACGACAUACAGAAACAAAGGCUGGCCAAGUUUUUUCGUGACCAAAAAGAAAAAAACACAGCGUUCGGACAUCACUGA